AUGAAAACCAUAAUAGUGAUUGUUUUGUGUAUUUUGUUUUGUCCUUCAAUGAAGACACAAGAUGAAUGGCCAAGCGAAGUAAUUUGUAAUAUAGCUGGAAGUACCUGGGACAGUACUUAUGUAUUCAAUGUAGCCGAAAUACCAGAUGGUUGUGAUGUAAUUACUAUGGGUUUUUAUGCUUUUGACAGGAAUAAUGGUGUUGAUAUCCAUACAACAAAAUCAGAUGAAGAUGCAAUGAGAGCCUUGCAAAAAGCUAACAAGAUUGUUUAUACAAUACUUGGAUUCGCUGAUAAAAAAGACUGGCCCUCAAUAUUUGAUCCCAGGUAUAAGAAAACAUAUAGGAAGUUUAUAUUGGAUCCGUUAGUCAUGUUCUUAAAUGAUUUUAAAAUUAGUGGUGUUCUCUUGAAUGUACUUGGAAUUUAUGAUGUCAUGGACAAUUUUCCCCAACAAAUAAGUACAUUCAUUAGUCAAGUCAAACAAGGAGUAACACAUAAAAUAAAAUUUGGUUUAGUCAUAGAUGCAAUAACUUAUGAAAGCUUUAAUGACACUACGAGUUUCGAUUUUACAAUAACAAAUGGUGUGUUGGAUAUGUAUUUAAUAAUCUUUGCAAAUUUAAACAUUUGUGAUUCAGAUGGUAAGAAAUAUGGUUUGGCUCCAAUAACUUGCCCAAGUCCUAAUAUGACGACAAUGGAACAAGUGACUUCAGCUGUAUCAAAUUCAAAAAUGGAUAAGUUGAAAAUUUAUGCUUGGUUACAGAAUGUAAUAUUGAUACCAGAUGAUCAACCACUAUUAUUAAAUAAGCAUAUUACGACGUAUUCCACGUAUUGUAGCACCAAUACAUCACAGUCAUCUCUCUGGUGUCAGAACCCUCCAAAGCUUUCAUAUGAUCAAGCGACUUUCGCAAAAAAGAAUUAUCGAGGAAUUGCCAUACAAAGUCUUGAUGCAGAUGAUUACAAUUCCAGUUGUGGUUGUGAACAAUUUCCAAUUACAAAGACAUUUAUUAGUGGCUGGAAAUCAACUCCUCUAACACCGUGUCCCAGAUUAGAUUAAACAGAUCAGACAAAAAUGGGAUAAAUUAAAUUAUAUCUUUUAAACUUUACCUAUAGUAUACAGUAAUAAUUAUUUAUAGAUAUUUAUCAAUAUUC